CGGGAAGGUUUGGGCCUGAUGCCGUUGCCGUGGCAACGGGUUGGCCGGCAACGAGUGAGGGAAGCGGGAAAGGGGGCCGACAUGGGGGGAGUGAGGAGGACGGUGGUGGUUGGGAUGGAGCUGACCGACUGAAGGAGCGGACGGGUUUUCUGGCCACAGAUUUUUGCUGUAAGCUCAAUCCCCUGCGCGCCCCUCCGAGGUGAAUCGGCAGAGCUGGAUUUGCAGAGUGCCCAUCCUGUCUGGUGUUCCCAGUGUCCUGUCGCCGGAGGUGAUGACGUGCCAGUUGGCGAGGUCCCUGCAGAUCAUCCACGUCCGCAAGGAUGACCACAGCUUCUCACUGGACGAGGCGGCCCUGGAGAGCGUCCUGCUGCGGGAAUCCAUCCGUGACCUGAACGUGAUGGUGCUGUCCGUGGCAGGUGCCUUCCGCAAGGGCAAAUCCUUCCUGCUGGACUUCAUGCUGCGCUACCUGUACAAGCAGAAAAUGGGCUCAAUGACAAACUGGCUGGGCAGGGAUGACAAGCCGUUGACGGGCUUCUCGUGGAGGGGAGGCUCGGACCCUGAUACCAACGGGAUACAGCUGUGGACGGAGGUGUUCGUCGUGAAGCAGCCCAGCGGACACAAGGUCGCUGUGUUGCUAUUGGACACUCAGGGAGCCUUUGACAGCCAAUCCACGGUGAAGGACUGUGCCACCAUCUUUGCCCUCAGUACCAUGACAAGCUCAGUCCAGGUGUACAAUUUAACCAACAAUAUCCAGGAGGAUGAUCUACAACAUCUUCAGCUCUUCACGGAGUACGGGCGGCUGGCAGUGGACGAAACGUCAAUUAAACCCUUCCAGACACUGAUGUUCCUGGUGCGGGAUUGGAGCUUUCCCUAUGAGUAUCCUUAUGGAUUGGAAGGAGGGAAUAACUUCCUGGAGAGGCGACUACAGGUCAAGGCUCACCAGCAUGAGGAGCUGCAGCUGGUGCGGAGGCACAUCCACUCCUGCUUCAGGAAGAUCCACUGCUUCGUCAUGCCCCAUCCGGGGCUGAAAGUGGCCACCAGCCCCACCUUCGACGGCAAGCUGAAAGAUAUCGAAGACGACUUCAAGACCCAUCUCCAGAGCCUGGUGCACCUUCUGCUCAGCCCAGAGAACCUGGUGGUGAAGGAGAUCGGUGGGUCGAAGGUCAGCUGCAGGAACCUGCUGGAAUAUAUUAAGGCUUACGUUAAGAUUUUCCAAGGGGAGGAUUUGCCGCACCCCAGGUCCAUUCUAGAGGCCACAGCUGAAGCCAACAACAGGGCAGCCAUUUCUGUGGCCAGGGAUUAUUACCAGCAAGCAAUGGAGGAGCUGUGCGGGGGCGACAAGGCCUACCUGGCUCCCUCCAAACUGCGGGAGCGGCACCUGAUCUACCGGGAGACGGCCAUCGAGAAGUUCCGCUCCCUCAAGAAGAUGGGCGGCAUCAGCCUGAGCCAGCGCUACCAGCAGCAGCUGGAGGCCGACCUCGACGCCAUGUUGGACAGCUACGUCAAGUUCAACCGCAGCAAGAACGUCUUCAGCAUCGUGCGGACGCCGGCCGCCAUGCUGCUGGUCAUGGUCGCCAUGCAUGUGCUGUCGGGCUUGGUCGGCCUGCUGGGACUGGGCUUCCUCACCAUCCUCUUCAACUUCUUCACCGGCAUGGCCAUGCUGACGCUGAUGACCUGGUCCUACAUCAAGUACACGGGGCAGGGCCCAAUGAUGGGCGAGGUCAUCGACGCCAUCAGCGACUCCAUCCUCAGUGGGAUCUCGAACCUGAUCAUCAACCGUUAUCUGAGCAUGCCGCCCAACGCUGUGCUGACGGACCUGGCCCAGGCUGCCAGGGGGAAUUAGCUGCCCGGCGCCUGACAGGACUCACACUGCCACCCCGGGGCCACGGAGCCAAGCACCUGCUCCCAGCCAGCUCCUCCCGUGAAGAAAUCGCCUCAUCGUCCGCUGAGCUCAGGAGAGGGCAGGUGGGAGCCAGCAGCAAAUAAAGGAAUUAGACCAUGU